GGCAGAGGCACAGAGCGGUAGGGACGCUACAGAGGCGCCUGAGCCUGGAGCUCCACUUCCCGGUGUAGAGCGAUCACCCCCCCGGAGCAGGAGGCUGCUGGAGGCCGGUACAGCAUGGAGUGCGCCCUGGACGCGCAGAGUCUGAUCAGCUUAUCCCUACGUAAGAUCCACAGUUCCCGCACUCAGAGAGGUGGCAUCAAGCUGCACAAAAACCUGCUGGUGUCCUACGUGCUGCGCAACGCCCGACAGCUCUACCUGAGUGAGCGCUACGCCGAGCUCUACCGCCGCCAGCCCUUCCCGCAGCCCAUGGAAGAGUGCGGCGCCUGUGACGAGCCGGACAUCCCGGAGCUGAGCCCCUUACAGAUCCCGGAGGAAGGAGAGGACGAGAUGCACCAACUGCCCAGGAUACAGAACGGAGCCGAACUGCUGGAACCGCUAAGUUCCGAGGAACCGCUGGAGCUGCCACCCUGUGCGCACAGCCCGCACCCGGCCAAGGAUCCCCACUCCGGCUUCUACUCUCCUGCCCCUUCCCGGGGCUUUUGCUCCUCCGGGGACAGCGGGGGCCUUGGGCUGCCCCAAUGCAGUCACACCACCGUGUUGGACUUGGACACUCACGUUGUGACCACGGUGGAGAGUGGCUACUUGCACCAGGACUGUCCGUGCCAAGGCGCACCGCGCCCUGCGCUCCUCACCGCGCCUCCCAAGCGCAAAUACGCCCCGGCGGGGUACAGCUACAGCGGCCAUGGGGUGGCGGAGGAAGAGGAGGACGUGGAGCCCCACUUUGUGCCCUGCAAGCGGGGCAGAUAUGAGGACUUUUGCCCGCAGCCUUUGGGGGAACCCACGGACUCUAACAACAUUUCCAACCUGAUCUCCAUCUUCGGCUCCGGCUUCUCGGGGCUCAUGAGCCGGCAGAGCGAAGCGGAACAGAGCCUGAACGGACACUUGUGCGGGAAACAGGCGCUGGCGAGCCUGGGAGCCUGGACUAGAGCCAUUGUGGCUUUCUAGCACCCCCUAAUACCCCUCAACUGACCCUCUCCUCCGUAUCAACAACACCCCCACAGGGAAAGACUUUUUUUAUCAAGAAGAGGGAUUGGGGGGGGGGCACUGAAUUCAGGACUUGAAUAGAAAUCACAAAAAGACAAUGUUUUAUAGAGAAAAAAGUGUACAAAAUUCUACAAAUGUUUGGACUUUAUUUUUGCAAAGAAAGAAAAAAAGCACCUAUUUAAUUGAAAA